CAAUCGUGUAUCGCAUAGAUGAAAAGUGCAGCAAUCUGCAAAUUGAUAUCCGGUAAAACGGCAAGAUGGUGCUGGAAAGUACUAUGGUGUGUGUUGACAACAGUGAUUUCAUGAGAAAUGGAGACUUCAUUCCAACACGUAUGCAGGCCCAGCAGGAUGCUGUCAACCUUGUGUGUCAUUCCAAAACCAGGUCAAAUCCUGAGAACAAUGUUGGUUUGCUUUCAAUGGCAACCUGUGAAGUUUUGUUGACCCUUACAUCUGAUGUUGGUCGUGUGAUGACUAAGAUGCAUCACAUACAACCCAAAGGGGAUAUUCGCUUCGUAAAUGCUGUUAGAAUAGCUCAUCUGGCUUUGAAGCACAGACAAGGAAAAAACCAUAGGAUGAGAAUAGUUGCCUUUGUUGGAAGCCCUAUUGAAGAAGAUGAGAAGGAGCUUGUCAAACUUGCAAAAAGACUCAAAAAGGAAAAAGUCAAUGUGGAUAUUGUAAAUUUUGGAGAAGAGAAUACCAACACAGAAAAGCUUAUCAAUGUAGUAAACACAAUAAAUGGAAAAGAUGGAACUGGCUCUCACCUAGUGACUGUACCAGCGGGCCCAAACCUGUCUGAUGCACUUUUAAGCUCCCCAAUUAUCAGAGGAGAAGAUGGAACGGGACCUGUUCCAGGGAUAGGAUCAGGUGGAUUUGAAUUUGGUGUUGAUCCCAAUGAAGACCCAGAACUGGCUUUGGCACUCCGUGUGUCUAUGGAAGAGCAGCGUGCAAGACAGGAAGAUGAAGCUCGAAAAACUGUUGCGGAGACUGCAUCAGAAAGUGGGGCAGGCACAGCAACCAGUGAAGAGACCCUUCUUCAGCAGGCUCUUGCUAUGUCUAUGGGACAAGAAGAAGGAACUAUGUCUGAAACUCCUCGUGAUUUUGAUCCCUCUGGGAUGAGUGAAGAAGAGCAGAUUGCUAUGGCAAUGGCAAUGUCACUGCAAGGCUCAGCAGAGACAACACCAAUCCCCAUGGAGACUGAUGAUGGAACUGGUGCCACCUCGGAGCAAAAAGAUAAAAAGCCAGAAGAUGAAGAUUAUUCAGAGGUAAUGAAUGACCCAGAAUUCCUUCAGAAUGUCCUGGAAAACUUGCCUGGUGUGGAUCCUCAGAGUGAAGCUAUCAGGUCUGCAGUAGGUUCAUUAACCAAAAAAGGCGAAGAUACAAAAGGGGAGAAAAAGGAUGAAUCUGGGGAUAAAGGGGACAAGAAGUGAUGAUGGCCUUACAAAUGCCCUAGUUCUCUCACCAGAUUGACAUUUUGUAUUUAACCAACUGGAUCUUUUCAUGAAUGUAAUUGAAAAAAAAAGGGAAGCGUUUCUACCAACAUUCUGUUUCUGUUAAAAGUAUAGCAGAGAUUUCAGUUUGUUUGUAUAUUAAAAGUGCAGUUACAUAAUAUCAGGUAAUAAAGAGUGACAAGUUUGUGACUGAAAGUGAAAUGGACUCUCUUACUGAUAGAAAACUGAAGUAGGUUGUUCACUUCAUGUUUAUUUUUCUUUAUAGUUAAACAUGCAUGAUCUUAGAGGAAAUAAAGAUGCAAACAUGCAGUUAAAGUA